GUGAAAUGGUAAGAAUUCGAAGCUAGCUGGUAUUAAUUUUUGUAUCCUAUGAGUGUUUUGAACAGAGGGCAGGGCAGUUCAGUAGGCAAAUUCACCCUCAAUAGCAAAUUAUAUCUGACAUGCCGGCCAUUCUCUGCGUAUCACUGGUGUCGUCCACCUCCUUAUCACAACUACGUUGCCCCACCCCAUUAAUCCACAACACUCGCUUACCCACAAGAAGAAGAAUACUAGUUUGUAUGCCAGAGAGCUUCAAAGGCAUUGCGGUUUCCGACAGACUUACUAGUGGGAGAAGAAAGGCAGAGCAAUAUGAUCACCCAGUCGAAAAUGAUGGUAAAAUUAGAGGAAUGGAGGUGCCUGCACACGUCGAUUACAUAUCUAGUGUAGCGAAUCCUUUUGUCAAGCAUCUAGUGAAGCUCCGCCGGAGCUCAACUUAUCGCCGUUCUGUGGGUUCUGUUGUUGUACUUGGCACUACCCCUUUAAGGGAAAUAUCUGAAUUUUUGCAAGCAAAGGAAGCCAAACAAGUAGUGGACUAUCUAUUUAUACAAGAUGGUGCUGACGUACCAGCAGGCUUAGUAGAGUCUUCUAGACGCAUUGUGCGUGUAAGUCCUUUGGUGAUGCAGAAACUGGCUGGGGUAGAAACAAUUGAAGCCACUGAAGCCAUUGGAGUAAUUAAGCUUCCUAAAAGCUUCUGGCACAUGGAUUCUAUUGCAAUUCAGUCAAGUUUCCAAAGAUGGUGCUCCCUGCCACAUCGUCUACUUGUACUUGAUGGUAUUCAGGAUCCUGGUAACUUGGGCACAUUACUUCGCACUGCUGUUGCCUUCCAAUGGGAUGGAGUUUUCCUAUUGCCUGGUUGCUGUGAUCCAUUUAAUGAGAAAGCCCUGCGGGCAUCACAGGGGGCAUGCUUUCAGGUUCCAAUUGCUACAGGCCUUUGGAAUCAUCUGGAGAUUCUUAGAGAUCAAUAUCAAAUGAAUUUGUAUGCAGCCCAACAGCUUAGCCAUAAAACAAGUGAAGAGAUAAUUUCAAGAAAAAAUGUACCUUUUGAGAAUGAAAAGACUCCAAUCAUUUAUUCUCAAAAUGAUUUGAUGUUCACUGAAAGUAAAGAUUGCAAUGGUAAUAAUCCAACUCUACUGUCGCAUGAACUUGUAUCUGCUUUAGCAGAUAAGCCAGUGUGUCUAGUACUAGGCAGUGAGGGGAAAGGACUGUCUGAACAUACAAAAAAGUUAUGCAACCUUGUUGCAAUACCCAUGCCAGGUGGGUCUGAAUCCCUCAAUGUGUCAGUUGCUGGGGGCAUUUUCUUGUUUCUGCUCCGAAGAUGAACAUAAUGCAGAUUUGCCUUGUUGAAACUUGGAAGUAGAGACUACUCAAUUUAAAGAGUUUUCUACUUGCUGAUUAUAUUUAAAAAACAUAGAAAAGAAAUUUGGUUGACAUCCACAGAUCUCUAAAUAUGUAAGAAAUGGCAUGCAGUCAAAUGCCAGUCCACUGAAAGCUUUUCUUAUGGAAUUCAGUUCAGCCAUUCUGAGUUAUGAGUUUUCAAAUUGGUGUCUACAAGGGUUUCUGACUCUGUAAAAGGGUUAUGGAGUUUGUUAUGAAAGCUGUGUAGGUUUCCUUUAAUGCAUCUAUAUCUUCGUCAUAUUUCUGAAGAGUGGGAUAAAGCUGCAAUUCGUUUCCCCAUGUUUAAUUUUUUUGUGGGAGCUAAAAUCGGCAAUUUGAAGUUGGCCGACACAAUGAAAAUACAAAAAUAUUUAUAUAAAAGACUCUUCUCUGGUGAAGGUGAAAAAUAAGAAACUGGAGUAUCUGUUUUUAACUAUGCUAAUUCAAGGAGAAUACACAGCAUGACAUCUGUUUAAUCUUGCAGAUUUGGGUUCCACAAACCUCUAUAUCAUUUUUUACCUCUUUUUGGAUUUAUUCAUUCUUGUUCAUGUCAGUUUGUUGUCAAAAUGUAUUUCAAGAACACGGGUUAAGACAAGCCCAAGUGGGUCAAUGAUAGUUCCUGAUAUUGUACAUUUUUUUAGACAAAUUUGUAAAAUGGAUUGUACUUCCAUA